UAAUUAAUUUUAAGGCUGUUACUUUUUUAAUACUUUAUUUAAAAAUAUAUAUAUAUUGUUUUAUUAACAAUAAGCUACCCUACAUCAAGUGUACAAAAACAACCAUUGCAUUAAUGCCGACAUUACGCCUCGUCUUUUUCCACUACGUCAUCCUCUCCCACGGUUACCAUGACAACCAGGACUCUAAACAUCAGUUCACGCAGUUUACUUAACAGAAAUGGAAUACCAAUGUAUGCAUUUACACUCAUUUUUUAUUGGCCAACUGUACCACAUAUAAGAUGUUAGUGUUGUCAAAAUUAACGCUGUGACUGAAGCAGUCCGGAAUGAAUAGCACUGAAGUCUGUGCAUCAGACGAUACUGAUGCUGAGAAACAGCAUACGACUAUUUACAGCACAAAAAGGAACACAGAGUCUUCGGGCAGACCGUAUGUGAAUGUGUUGUUGGAUCUCAGCGAAGAGGAUUGUAGCAGGGAGCACAACAUACAUUUGCUUCAGAGCCGCACUGGCUGGGAAGACGCUGUUGAAGGUUGGGGGAGAUUUCCUCCUUUUGGUGCAUUUCUUCAACCUCCAAGGAAGGGGAAAAAAAUCAAGCAAGACACAAUAGACUCUCACUGUCUCCUCUGUGCGGACCUUAAUCUUUCUGAUCUGCCAAUCUAUUGCUCUGCUGGAAAUGCUCUGAAAACUUUCAGAAAGACUGCCCCAAAACUUCUGGAUCUUGCAGAGGAAACGGACAAUUCCUCAUCAGAUGAACUAUACUCUUUCAGCUUAUCUCUGCAAAAUAUGUCAGAGCCAUUAAUCAACAAAUUGCUGUCUGGAGAUGAACAGUGUAAACAAAACAAAUCACCAUCAGUCUGCCAUUACCAUAUAGAACCGUGUCAAAUUCAGAGGGAAAAUAGAGUUGCUCUUAGCAUCAGAAGCUUUAGUGUGUUGCCGCCUGUCAAAGAGUCCAGAAACCAGAGGAACUACAGUCUUUUUAAAAGGGUGGAGCCAACAGAUUGCCACCCAGCAGAAGUUGUCACCAAGGCCAUGACGCCCGAUGCCACCGGUGCCGUCACUGAUGGUGAAAUAUUGAGUGUCAGUGGUGACACAGGAAAUGUCUUCAAGGCCCUCAUAGACUUUAUCCCAGAAGAGAAUGGCUACAGGUUAAAAAGACCUCCCAGCACAAAGCAUUGGCUGUCCCAGGUCAACAAUCACCUGCCAUCUAUUUUUAACAUAACUUUUCAAAAUAAGUAUGAUUUACCCUCCAGCCCUGUGUCAAAUACAUUACCCCAGUCUUCCUACCCCCUGGGAAGAAACCUCAGGCAGGAAGAAUUGACAAGGCCUUCCACCAGGAACAACACCAGUUAUAGAUUGUAUUCUGGCCACAAAGCAAAAGAUCUGAAACGACCUGAAGCUCAUCGACUAAUGCUGAUUGGAACGAGAGUUCACAUGCCUAUGUGAAUAUUAUUGAUCUUUGAACUCUCUGUACAUUGUAGCGCCAUACUGUUUGGCGUUAAAUAAGUGUUGUGAUUCUGUUUGAGACAAGAGCCUCACACUCAGGUGUACUUGAAAAUGUGUGCUACAUGAAAAUGACUAUGCAACAU